AUGCUUCGAAGAAUUUCAGAGUCUUCUUCAUGGACGUUACCUCAUCAUCAUCCUCAUGGACUUCUUCAUUCAUCUCCUCCUCUUCCACAUUCACAACAACAACAUCAACCUAUCGUUUCAUACAGUGCCGUUGUAUUGGUGGACCGAGAUGCCUAUCUGUACGAUUUGGUGGACUUGUUGGGAGCACAUACAAAUUGCAAUCCGAAGAGUUUGUUCAUUAAAAGUCAAAGAAACAGUGUGUCCAGUCAAGACGGAGAGAUUAACGUCAUACAUUCGACAGCCACACCGGAAACAGCUGUUUCCAUUCCUGUCCAGCAAUAUCAUUGCAUGACAUGGUCUCCAGAAGAGGAAGAUCAUUCCAUGGGUGAUUGUUGUUACUGUUUGAAUGAGGAGGAGUCGUGUCCCGAUUCAUAUCAUUUCUUCCUCCCUGAUGAAAUAUUAAUGGAAAUAUUUUCAUAUCUUUCUCCAAUGCCAUAUUCUGUGAUUUUGAGAAGACUCAAUCGCUCGUGGAAGAAGUAUUUUGAAAAUAUAUUAAGCUUACAAAAAACAUUUCCAAUUAUUAAUUCACAAUAUAUAGAUAUGAACUCGAUUUCUCUGGGGUAUCUUUCGAGAACCAUGCAAUUAUUUCCUAAUGUAGAGCAUGUACUUGUGUAUAAUAUUAAUGACAUUGAAGAUUGUUCCUUGUUUGCCCUUUUUGCCAGACACUUUAAAAAGUUAAGGUCCAUGAACUUUUUUUAUUGUAAAUUCAAAGAUUGUACAUGGGUUUAUAUUCCUGGGUUGGAGAAGUGUGAAUUCAUAAAUUCCUACGGAGAGAGAACGAUUCGAGGAAAAGUUUUUCAAGAAGAACGAGGAACUAUUUUCACCAGCUCAUUCCUUAAUCCAAUUUCGUGUGAACGUCAAAUAUGGUCCAUCAACAUCUAG